AUUCUCGUAAUUCGGAAAACCCAGAGAUACAGCUAUGAAAUACUUUUCGAUCCUUGUCGUCCUGGGCCUCAUUUUGGCCAUCAGCGUGGGUCAAUCGGAUGCUAUCUUUGUAGAUGUCCUUGACAACGUGGAAAGUGCUCUUCACAACGCUGCUAAAGCGGGCUUUAAAUUAAUAAGGCCCAUAGAAAAAAUGAUUUUGCCGAGAUAAACACUAAUUUUAAAAUUUGGAAAACAACAAUUUACUGACGGCAGAAAUUUAGUUAACUUUGUUGAAAUUGGCUGCCAAUAAAAUAUUAAAAAUAUAUUCUGAUUCCUA